GCAGACACAAGCCAUACACUUGGGGACAUACCAGGUCAGACAGCUGUGAGGCCAUGGCUAACCACUGGUGUGUCACAGGUUUGGCAGCAGUGGCUCUGCUAUGCUGCUUAGCUGAGAAAGGAGUAGAGGCUCAGAAGGGUCAAAACCCUCAGAACCCUCAAUACCCUCCAUAUCCUCCUGUAUAUCCUCCUCCUGUAUAUCCUCCUCCUUCUCCUCCUAUAUAUCCUCCUCCUGUAUAUCCUCCUCCUCCUCCUGUAUAUCCUCCUCCUCCUGUAUAUCCUCCUCCUGUAUAUCCUCCUCCUCCUCCUGUAUAUCCUCCUCCUCCUGUAUAUCCUCCUCCUCCUCCUGUAUAUCCUCCUGUAUAUCCUCCUAUGUAUCCUCCUAAGUUUCCUCCUCAGUAUCCUCCUCAGUAUCCUCCUAAGUUUGAUGAUCAGUCUGUCAAGAUUCCAAGUAAUCCACCUGAAAACACAAAAAUCCCUGCAAUGCCCCCUGCUCCUCCUGUUACAUGCGACGUGGACGCAUCCGUGAGAGUCCCUUGUGGAGUUUCUGGUAUCUCCGCGACUGACUGUCAGGCUAGAGACUGCUGCUAUGAUGGUCAAUCAUGUUACUUUGGAAACGGAGUGACUCUCCAGUGUACCAAGGAUGGCCGGUUUAUUGUUGUUGUGGCCAGGGACGUCACCUUACCGUACAUUGAUCUUGAAUCAAUUUCACUGUUGGGACAAGGACAAGGCUGCACAGCUGUUGACUCUAACUCAAAAUUUGCCAUCUACUUCUUUCCCGUUACUGACUGUGGCACUAUUGCCACGGAUGAGCCUGGAGCUAUAGUCUAUCAAAAUAAGAUGACCUCAUCCUAUGAAGUGGGUGUUGGACCUUAUGGUGCUAUCACCAGGGACAGCAGCUACGAGCUGGUUUUCCAGUGUAAGUACACUGCUACCUCCGUUGAAACCUUGAUUAUUGAAGUAGCCCUGGCUGAACCUCCUCUGCCGAUUGCUGCUCUUGGACCCGUCAAUGUUCAAAUGAGGCUGGGCAAUGGCCAAUGUUUGACCAAGGGUUGUGAUGAAGUGGCAGCAGCCUACACCUCGUACUAUCUGGACACAGACUAUCCUGUUACUAAAAUACUGAGAGAUCCAGUUUAUGUGGAAGUUGAGCUCAUGGAUAAAACAGAUCCUGCCCUUGUUCUGACUCUUGGUCGCUGUUGGGUAACUGCAGACCCCAACCCACACAGCUUCCCCCAGUGGGACAUUCUGAUAAAUGGAUGUCCAUACGCAGAUGAUCGUUACCUCUCCGCACUGGUUCCAGUAGAUGCCUCCUCUGGUGUGCAGUAUCCAACCCACUACCGGCGUUUCAUUUUCAAAAUGUUCACUUUUGUAGAUCAGAGCACCAUGGAACCCUUGCAGGAAAAUGUAUACAUUCACUGUAGCACAGAUGUGUGCUCGCCAGAACUGGGUGUCAACUGUGAACCGCUAUGUAUCACAAAAGGAAAGAGAGAUACCAAGGCAGCGGAACAGAAGAAGAAUGCUCCAAAGGUUGUGGUUUCUUCUAAAGCAGUGAUCAUGUCUGCCGCUAAGCAGUAGACUGAGACAAGCUCAAGAAUUCAGCUAAAAACAUUUGGAAAAAGCAUGAAGAUUUACAACAUAUACUUAUUAAAUAAUUCAUGAUAUCAAUUCAAAA